AUGUCUUCUGCUGCAGACUUUCCCCCGCCGUCAUCGAGCGUCAUCAACCUCGCCUACGUGGAGACCGUUCUGUCCGGAUUAUUCCUCCCAGUCGUCGGGUAUCUCACCUGGAAGCAUGGGAAAGCGGGCAUGACGUGCUGGUCGAUUUACAUCAUGGCCUUCGCCGCGCGGAUCAUCGCGGACGUAUAUCUUAUUGUCAACAAAGACAAGCCGUUAUUACCGACCGCGGUGUCAACAAUGACCGAAUCUGCUGUUAUUGCUUGUAUAUCAUUAGGCAUCAUCGGUAUUAUUUAUGAGGCAAACAUAAUUCUCCCGCAGCAGCCGAAGAAAUGGACCGAAAAGAUCGUCCUCGGCGUAACCCAUCUCGCCAACACAGCCGGCAUCGCGAUAGCAACGUACGGCGGCGCGCCGAGCGCGACGGGCAAGGGCGGCGUGGCGAACCAGGAGCUCAGCCGCAUCGGCAACCUGAUGAUGCUGUGGGUGCUGUUCACGGUGUGCGGGUGGAUGUGGCCGACCUACAAGAAGAUCAACCGCUACACGGGCGUGCACCCCAACGCGCGGCCCUCGCUGAUGCUCUUCUGGGGCGGCGUCGCCGCCAUGCCCAUCUGGCUCGGCCGCCUGAGUUACAUGUGCAUCUACGCCUUCAACCGCCAGAACAUCUCCCUCGACCCCGUCAUGGGCACAUUUGCCAUCAAGAUGCUGCUCUUCCUCACGCUCUUUGGCGCUGCCACUGCGCUCACCGCUGGCGGCUGGUUCGCGCAGAUGAACAUGCCUUCGGGAGGUUUUCUCAAGUCUCGGGAGGGCGGAAAUUUCAUGGUGUCUGAGGACGAGUCGCCGCUGAGCAGGGAACGAUCUGGGCCAAACGAUGUCGAGAUGUACGGACAAGUUGCGAGGCCGAAGUACUGA